AUGACGGAAUUCACAAGCACAGAACGUUUGGAUUUCCUGUUGGAGAUGGCUCUGACCAUUCAUGAGGGCAUUGUCGAGCAUCUCGAGGACAACGAUGAGCUUGAUAACCAGCUCAUUACCCGCCUCAAAGAGGCGGACCACUUCAUCGUGGUAAAGAAAGCAUUGCAAGGCCAUCUCGUUGACUACGCUAGCAAUACCGACAGUGACAACAAACCCACUCCGGCUGACACCACCCCGCCGAGCAGCCACUAUUCACGUUCAACCGCGACGCCCAGCCCUCAAACCCCUUCUUCCCCUUCGCUUUUCUUCUCUUCGCCUGAGCCGCAUGGCACUCCAACUUCAACGCCUGCACGACGAAAGGCCACGCGUCGUAUCCCAGGAGAAACCCAAGGCUCCAAGGCUCUCCGUAAGAUACGACGGUCGGUACCCUAUGCAAGCUGGGUUGACAAGCCCAAAUCAUUCAAUUAA